CCGGGAUUGUGAGUCACCUGGGGGCACCUGUGCGCUCACCUGGCGCGGACGUAGGGCCCAGGUCCCCACCCUGGGUUGGGGGCGCAGGGCGGCCCCUUACGGGGCACCGAGUGUGACAGCGGGCGGUAGAAGGGACACCCGCGCCCCCUCCUCUGUCCCCGGGGCCGGGUUCAGCCAGACGGUCCCCUAGGAGCGAGUCCUCCCUUCCUUCCUGCUCCUCCUCCUCCCAACGGGUUCUGGUCGGGCACGAGCCUCGCACACCAGGACGUGGGGGUGAAGUGGCCCAGGGGGAUUCUUCUGGGACUCCAAGAGCUGCGGGGGGGAGCUAAGAGCCCCUGGGAAGAAACGUUGGGCCGUGGGAUUCCUGGGUCCUCAUCUGGUCUGGGAGAGGGCCAGAGUUGGGAAAAAGUUGCUUAGAUCCUAGAGUAGCAGCUGGGGUGGGUGUAAUGCCUCCACUCCUCCCAAGGUGACCACCACCCUACUGCGGUCACUUUCAACAGCUGACCUUGCUUGUUGGAGGCUAGACUCCCAGUCGUCCUCAGGACACUAGCAGGCCAGAGUGGUUCUGAGAAAUGGGCACCUCUGUGUUGUCUGGGAACUUCCACUCCCUUUGACGAAGGCCCAAGGCGGUGGCUAGACCAGAAGGUGCUGUCCUUGGGGUUCUGCAGGAUACCUGAGGAUGCUGAGUAAACUGCCUGAUUCCUGAGGCCUUGGGCUCUCUGGUGGCCAGGCUGGUGGGGCUGGGAGGGCCCAGAUACCCCACCGGGCAGUAGGCAGCUUACCCAGCACAGCCUGGGGCUGGCUCCCAGCCCAUCCCCCCUUCUCUGAAAUCUUGCUUCUCCAAGCUCCUGUUUCUUUGAGGGUUGUGCCUCUGGUUUCUGAGCUUGGCACAGCUUGAAAUGAAAGGCAGUUUCCCCGAGAUGGGCCCCUGAUGAAAUUGCUCCAUCGGGUACAGAUGAGAAAGUCAUGCUUGAUUUCUCCUUUCCUCCUUUUCCGGGAUCAGGGCUAGGUGAGGGGUCACUGGUGAAGAGUUUAUGGAGAUGGAAAACCUGGGGCAGCCGCUCACCUCCCAGGCCUGCUGAAGUGAUCCUGGUUUCUGUGUGAUCCUGGCUUCUGGGGUCUCUGGGUGGGCAGGGUCUCCACACUGUGUGCCUGUCCUGGUUUGGAGGAUGUGGGACAGGGUGCCCUUACUAGGGUUCCCAGGACAGGCUCAGGGACUUUCUUUCUCCUACCCCCAGCCCUGUGUCCUUGGAGGGGGUUGUGGGCAGAGCAGGUGUGCAUGUGAUUGGUGCUCCCUGAUAUCAGAAAUGUGUCUUCCACAUCUGGCUCAGAUGGAGAGCUGCAGAGCUGGGGGUGCAGUGCUGGAGGGGCUGUGUGGCCUGGGAGUGGGGACCACUGGGUCUUAGGGUGACCCCUCUUAUCUCUCAUGCACCUGCUGAAACUUCACAGCCACCAGCUGGGUUGCAGGUGUCCAGGGCUGGCAGGGGCCAGAGGACCUGGACACUCUCUGGUCAGGGGGCUGCACACUGCAGCGGGACCUCCCCUGCCUGGCCCCAUCUAGAAGCUGGGUGCCCGGUGGGCUGGCUGACUGUUUCUCUAAGGUCCUGUGGUCCUGGGGUGGGGUGGGUGGGGUGGGGGGAGGGUUGCAGCAGCCUCAAGAGAAAGUUUGUAUUAGCUCAGUGGCUGCUAGUCUCCUGGCACUCAGGCCACAGUUGGCAGUUGGGACUUGGUGGCCAGUAGACCUGGAAAGCCUGGAGUGUGUCCUAUGUGAUGCUUACCCCUGCCCAGCCCCCCAUACCAGGCUCCUCCGAGCUCAGACUGGCUUUGCAAGUGGGCUGUUAUCUUUUCUCAGGGUGUUUCCAUGGCAGGGUCAGGAGGCUGGCAGGAAAGCCAGCUGCUCACCUGGUUCCCUUACCUGCUCACCUGGCCCACCUGGAAGGGCCCGGGCUUGCUGCUGGGGUGGUGUGAGUUGCCAGUUUCCCAGUGGGGCAGGGGGAGGUACCCAGCUCAGAGGAGAGGGAGACCACACCCUGCUGUGUCCACAAUGCCUUUCUUCUUAAAGCACUUUAACAUCCAUUAACCAUGGAGGGAGGGGCAGCCAAAGGGAGGUGCUGUCCGCCUCAGCCAACUCAGAGGAAGCUAGGACCCAGAGAGGGGAAGGGAUGGUCAAGGUCACGUGGAGAACAAGGCCUGAGCUGGUGCUGGGGCCACUGGGGCCACUGGGGCCACGCUUCCUACCAUGCAGCCCAGGUGCCUUGUCAGCCACCCCUGGGACACAGAGAGCACCAGAGCAUGCCUGUUCUCUGGGAGGCCCUAGAGGGGGGGUCUGAGUGGGCACCCUCACCCACUCAUGGGGCAGGUGGUUACACCAUGGGCCCCAGACACAUGCUCCAGCCGAGGUUGUGCCGGACACUCCCAGGAGGGUCCUAAUCCAGGUUGGGGCCACAGGCCUCUGUGCCCAGUCCCAGCAGACCUUCAGAGCUGGUCUGGGAAAGGCUGGCAUGACAAAAGGGGGCUGCAAGUGCAAACUUUUGGAGUGUGUGGGGGAGGGCAGCUGGCGAGUCACGGAGGUGGGGGCCUGGGAGCUACUGCCAGUACUGGGGUGCAGGGGAGCCCCGGGCUGGGGCCACUCUGCAGGGGCUUGUGCCCACUGGAGCUGGGGGGUAGCCAUUCCAGCCUAGGUCCCCUCCCCACAGGGUCUCUGCCUGCCUCCUGUCUGGGUGAGGAGGGCUGAUGGCUCUGGUGCAACUGUAUCCCAAAUCAUGGCCUGAGCAGGCGGCCAGCCUCCAGACCUGGACUCCCUGGCCUGUCCAGUGGAACCAGGAUCAAGGAUGCUGGAGCUAGGGAGGCUCAGAGGAGGUGGGGGAGAGUGUCCUGGCGUCCAGUGCCCAGGGCAGUUGGGGGGGCUCCCACCCUGACCACUUCCUGUGCCCUUCAGACUCCAUCCCUCAGCCCUGGAUGUGCCAGGGCUGCAGUGGAGGGAGGGGAGGGGGGCUGUGACCAGUGUGGAGAGGAGCUGCCGUCUGAGUGGGGCUCUUCCUGCUUCUAAGAUGCCAGGCUGGUGUCGGAGCAGUUUUCGCAGGCCCCGCAGAAGCUGGCUUUCUACAGCUGGUAUGGCAGCGCCAGGCUCUUCCACUUCCGGGUACCCCCAGACACAGUGCUGCUGCGCUGGCUGCUGCAGGUGUCCAGGGGCAGUGGCCCCACCUGCACCAACGUGGAGAUCACCGUGUACUUCCGCUAUGGUGCCCCUCCCAUCAUCAACCCACUGGGCACCAGCUUCCCUGACAACACCUCCGUUCAGCCCUCCUUCUUCCUCAAGAUGCUGCACAGCAACGCCUCCAUCAACAUCUCCCACCCAGCACCCGGGGACUGGUUUGUGGCCGCCCACCUGCCCCCCUCAUCCCAUAAGAUUGAGGUGAAGGACUUUGUUCCCACCUGUGCCUACAUCUUCCAGCCUGACAUGCUGGUCGUGCGAGUGGUCGAGGUCUCCAUCCUGGAGCCUGACGUGCCUCUUCCACAGACCCUUCUCUCCCACCCCAGCUACCUCAAGGUCUUCGUCCCCGAGUACACCCAGGAGCUGCGGCUGGAGCUGCAGGGCUGUGCGUUCAACGGGAGCCUGGGCUGCCCUGUGCGCCUCACCGUGGGCUCGGCCACCCUGCCUGGAAACUUCCAGAAGGUGCUCACCUGCAGCGGCCCCACCCAGGCCUGCCACCUGCUGCUGCCCUCACCACCCUGGGACCGGUGGCUGCAAGUGACGGCCAAGAGCCUUGCCGGGCCCCGUGUGUCCGUGGCUUUCAGUGCUGUGGCUGCCCUCACAGCCUGCAGGCCGUGGAGUGUGAACUUCCAGCACCUUCUGCAGAGCAGCCCAAACCAGAGCAGCAACGCCUCCACUGGUCUGCUGCCCCCAACCCCCAGCUACCAGGACCUGGACCGGAGGGGCAGGGUGGGCGGCGGCUCCUUCUGCCUCAGGAGCUUCCCCGUCCUGCGGGAAGACGUGGACGUGGUAUCUGUGCGCUUCCAGCCCCUGGACAGGGUCUCGGUGCUCGUGCAGUCGGACAUGCCCUCGGUGAUGCGGCUGAACCUCAACACAGGCAUGGACAGCGGGGGCUCCCUCACCAUCUCCAUGCGGGUCAACAAGACUGCGAUUGCCAACACCUCAGUGGUAGCCUGUGUGACUGCUGCCUCACCCUUGCUCAGCUUCAACGCUUCGCUCAGCUGCACCACAGGUAUAGGUGGCAUCCGGCCCAGGGACCAGCAGGCCCUCUGGCUCCCUAUGACCAGGCCUUCCUCCUCCCCUGCAGCCUUCUUCCAGGGCCACCCCCUGUCUCUGAGUGCCUCUUCUCCCACGGCCAACCUCAUCAUCCCCUACCCAGAGACAGACAACUGGUACCUCUCCCUGCAGCUCAUGUGCCCUGAGAGACCUGAGGAGUGUGAGCAGGCCUCGGUCCUCGUGGAGACCACCUUGAACUUGGUGCCCUGCUUGAAUGACUGUGGACCCUACGGCCAGUGCCUCCUGCUGCGCAGACAUGGCUACCUGUAUGCGGGCUGCAGCUGCAAGGCAGGCUGGCGUGGGUGGAGCUGCACAGACAACAGCACAGCCCAGACGGCGGCCCAGCAGAAGGCGGCUGCCCUCUUGCUUACCCUGAGCAACCUCGUGUUCCUGGCCCCCAUCGCCAUCUCCGUGCACCGCUCCCUCCUGGUGGAGGCCUCCGUCUACGCCUACACCAUGUUCUUCUCCACGUUCUACCAUGCUUGCGACCAGCCGGGUGAAGCGGUGCUGUGCAUCCUCAACUAUGACACACUGCAGUACUGCGACUUCCUGGGCUCUGGAGUGUCCAUCUGGGUCACCGUCCUCUGCAUGGCCCGGCUGAAGGCUGCCCUGAAAUACGUUCUGUUUCUCCUGGGCGCUCUGGUCUUCGCCAUGUCCUUGCAGCUGGACCGCAGGGCCGCCUGGAACACAAUGGGGCCUUGCCUCUUUGCCAUUGUGGUCAUGGUCACCAUGUGGGUGUACCGCUGCGGGCGCCGGCGCCACUGCUACCCCCCCUCCUGGCAACGCUGGGUCUUCUACCUCCUGCCCGGCAUCUCCAUGGCCGCUGUGGCCAUCACCAUCUACACUUCCAUGAUGACCAGCGACAACUAUUACUAUACCCACAGCAUCUGGCACAUGCUGCUGGCAGGGAGCGCAGCCUUCUUGCUGCCACCACGUGAACAGCACACCAAGCCCUGGGCCUGCUCCCAGAAGCUCACCUGCCACUAUGAGAUCUGCAAGAACCACCGGGACGAGCUGUACACAGUGACAUGACACAGCCAGCUUGGGGACGUCUGCAGCUUUGAUGAUCUCUCUAGCCAGGGGCAGGACCAAAGGAGAGAGACCCUGUCCAGAUCCAUUUCCAACUGAAUAAAAUUGCCCUGAGCA